CUUUAACUGACUCAAUUCUUCUGCACCUGAUCUGUUAUCUUCAUCACAUAGGGGAAUUAUAGAAGCCGCUGGACUCUGCAUGCUGAGGAUGAAGACUGCUCUGUGUGUUGCGAUGGCUCUCAGUCUCUUCUCGCGAGCGGAGGCUACCGCUGCCUUUGACCUCCUGCAACAAGCUGCUGUGAGUUACACAGGGUCCCUACCCUGCGGCGGAUGGGACUGUGAAUGUGCAUUCGGGAGACAGAAGAGCUGCUGUUGUAUUGCACAGCCUCUGUUUGAGCUGGAGGAGGCCACGUUCAUACGUAUGGUUGGCUUAUGGGAAGGACUGUCUCAUCUGAACAGCCAAAUAGAGGAGCUCACAGCUGGAUGCAAAAUAGCCUUCACUGCUGCAAUGCUUCCAAUGAGUGGAUGUCUUGGGCCGUUUACCAGCAACGUGUCUAUCUCUUACCAGUCUGUCUCCCUCAAUCAGGGCAAUGGCUACAAUCCUGCAUUGGGCACGUUCACGGCUCCUCACGCUGGCCUCUACUCCUUCUCCUUCACGGCGUACUCCAGGGUUGGCAUCGCAGGUCAGCGGCUCUACCAGAAGGUGCAGCUGAUGAAGAACGGCCAGCUGAUGGCCUCGUCCUGGGAAGAUAACCGUGAGGAUUCGGAGGACAGCAGCACUCAGACGGUUCUUCUGCAGCUCAGACGCGGCUGUCAGGUGUAUGUUGAGCUGAUGUCAGGUAGACAGCUGUGUGGAGACACCCAGGGGCAAAACAUGUUCAGCGGAUACCUGGUCUAUCCCUUCUCUGAGCAAUGAGAGGGAAAUAACUGUAUAUACAUACACAGCAAUCUUCAUCAGAGAUUAAAACCAUGAAAAAGAUGUCCAUGUGUGAGUCUUCAUAUAAAAUUGUCAUAAACAUGACUAAAUGAAUCCUAGCAAAAAACAGUAUAUGGCUUUAUGAAUA